AUGGCGAAGGAGGUUGUCAAUCUUGAUCACAAUUACUCAGCUCUUAACACGAAAGUUGAUAUUGUUGCUACUGGUGUUACGAAAGUUGUUGAAUUUCACAAUUCUCUUCUCAUCAAGAUUGAUACAAAGUUGGAGUUUGAUUAUAAAAGAUUUUCCAAAUUUGAAGAGUUAGUGGGCAGUUUGAAAGAGUUAAUUUCAAAGCUUGGUUCUUCUUCACAGUCUUCGAUUUCUCAAGAAUCAUUUUCUAAGAUGUUUUUGUCAUUGGAGUCUUCUCUCAAGACUGAUUUGGCUCCACUUUUGAAAUUGGUUGAUUUGAUGCCAACUAAUGCCCUACCGGUUCACACAUGGGUGCAAUGGGGAGAAAAGGGUGUUGGAUCUGGUGUUUCAAAAGGUGUUGAAACUGGUUCUUCGAAAGAUCCUUCUCAAAGAAAGGUUGUAGGGAGGGUUAUGAGUACAUAG